CAACCCAAAACAACUUCUCUAACAUUUGAAAAAGUUUAAGUGAUUCUUAUUUUCUUGAUUUCAUAGCCAUUUAUAACAUAUACAUUUUAAUCGAAGGCAUAAUAUUUAUAACUAGGAAGGUAAAGAAGAAAGGUUAGAAAAUAUCAUAAUGGAGUUUAGGUUGCGUUUGUGUCCACGUUUUCUUCUUGUAGGGUUUAUUGGCCUACUAGCGUUGGAAGCUAUAACCAUGGUUGCGGGGUUUGACUAUGGUGAAGCCGUUGACAAGACCUUGUUGUUUUUCGAGGCUCAAAGGGCUGGUAAAUUACCAUAUGAUAAUAGAGUUAAAUGGCGCACUGAUUCUGGCAUGCGUGAUGGAUACUCCCAAGGAGUGGAUUUGGUUGGAGGGUAUUAUGAUGCAGGAGAUCAUGUGAAGUUUGGGCUUCCAAUGGCCUUUUCAGUAACAAUGAUGGCAUGGGCCGCAAUUGAUUUUAGCAAAGAUGUAUUAGCCGCUAACAAAAUGGAUCAAACGUUGUGGGCUAUUAGAUGGGGAACUGAUUAUUUCCUCAAGGCCCAUACCCACCCAAAUGUUCUUUGGGCACAGGUGGGAGAUGGAGCAUCUGACCAUCUUUGUUGGGAGAGAGCAGAGGACAUGACAACCUCAAGGACAGCUUACAAGCUAGAUUCCUCCAACCCUGGCUCCGAUUUGGCUGGGGAAACUGCCGCGGCCUUAGCUGCCGCCUCAUUGGCUUUCCGGCCUUACAACUCCUCCUACGCUCAACAACUUGUGCAGCACGCUGAGCAGCUUUUCUACUUUGCGGAUACAUUUAGAGGCUUGUAUGAUGACUCAAUCACAAAUGCUGAAAAAUACUACACAUCCUCCGGCUAUCAAGAUGAGCUUCUAUGGGCCGCGGUGUGGUUGUAUAGAGCAACCAACAAAGACCGGUACUUGGAGUAUGUGGUGCAAAAUGCUGCUUCCAUGGGUGGUACUGGUUGGGCCGUAAGGGAAUUCUCUUGGGAUAACAAGUAUGCAGGCGUUCAAGUCCUCGUUUCUAAGUUAUUGUUGGAAGGUAAAGGUGGAGCAUAUGCAUCCACAUUGAAGCAGUAUCAAGCCAAGGCAGAUUACUUCGCUUGCGCUUGCGUACAAAAGAACAAUGGCUUUGAUGUUCAGCUCACUCCUGGCGGCUUAGUGUACGUGCGCCAAUGGAACAAUAUGCAAUAUGCAUCCUCUGCUGCGUUCCUCCUCGCUGUCUACUCCGACUACCUCUCACAAGCAAAGGCUGUCGUAAACUGCCCUGAAGGAACCGCGCAACCACAAGACCUCUUCAACUUUGCCAAGUCUCAGGCUGAUUACAUCCUAGGGAAAAAUCCCAAGUCCAUGAGUUACUUAGUGGGAUACGGAACGAACUACCCGAAGCAAGUGCACCACAGAGGAGCAUCCAUAGCCUCAAUCUCUGUACACAAUGCGUACGUUGGAUGUGUCCAAGGGUUUGAAGAAUGGUAUCAUCGUACAAGUGCGAACCCAAAUGUCGUACAUGGUGGUCUUGUAGGAGGUCCAGAUAACAAUGACGAGUUUGAUGAUGAUCGUUCCAACUAUGAGCAAACUGAGCCUACCAUUUCUGGUACCGCUCCUCUAGUAGGCCUGUUCUCUAAGCUGAGGAGCUCAAACACAUAUUCUACUCCAUAUGCUCGAAAUACACCGAAAUCUUCUUAUUCCACGCCGACUACAUAUGUUAAGAAGCCUCAAAAUGCACCAAAAAAUCCUUACACCACCCCAAAUGUUCCGAUUAGGUUUAAGCACUCCAUAACGGGUACAUGGAAUGAUAAAGGACAAACCGUUUAUCAUCACACAGUACUAGUUAAGAACAUGUCAAUGAAGACGGUUAGAGAGCUCAAAUUGAAGAUCGAAAACCUCUCAGGACCAAUAUAUGGUCUAAUACCAACUGGCGAAAAGAACAUCUUCCAAGUCCCACCUCAUCUCAGAGUGUUGUUGGCUGGUGGUGAGUUGGAUUUUGUUUACAUACAAGGCGGUCCUCAAGCUAAGGUCUCGGUUUACAGCUUCCAUUAAUGAGUCAGAACGGAUCAUGAGUCAUGGUUAUGGGCUAGUCGGAGAUAUGCCGACCAACCUGAACUCGGGCCAUUCUUGAUCAGCUCUAUAAUAUUUUGACUAUUUUUCAUGUUCUUUCUUUUAGUGUCCUGCGUACAUUUAUUAACUCUUUAAGAGUGAGUCUGAUAGAGUAUAAAACUAAUCUUGGGGUUCAACGAGCUACGAUUUCCUUUCCUCUGUAACCCUAGCGUGCAUACUCUCCUUCAUCCCCUCUUUCAAACUCUGUGGCCCACCAUCAUCAACUAUACACCAUGGUUGAAGCCCCAAGAUUAGUUUUAUACUCUAUCAGAGUCUUCAUACAACCGUAAGGUUGCUGAGCAAAAAUGAGGCUAACGUUGAUUCUUGGAUACCCACACUUCCCGAUGAUAUCAUCUUGUUUCUGGGUACACUUAGAGCAAAAGAAAAAAACAGUCUUGAGUACAGACCUAGCUCUAUAUGCAUCCAGAAACAAUUAAAAUAGAUUUUGUAAUUUUUGCCACCCUUCUUAGAAUGGAAGUGUUUUGAGGAGGGGCAUUGUAUAUUUAGAGGCCUAAGAUUUCUGUGUUUGAUGAGUUUUAUUGUUUACAAUGUUGUGUAUACGGAGAUGAAAUGAAGGCAUCCCAUUACAUUUGGAUCCAA